AUUAUCUACCGCUAAAUCCAUUCACGGCCUGGUGUCGUGUGGGCACAGCCACACGCAUGGCAGGGCUAAAAUCCAAACCCGUCCGUCUCUCAUGAGCCGGAGGAGAGGGAGGCAGCCCCGUCCGUCCCUCCACGGCUCAUCUCCUCUCAGUCCACACAAAAUCGGAUGGUGAAGCAGCAGUAGCAGCCGGAGAAGCAGUUCCCCUCCCCAGCAGCUAAGCACCAGCCGGCCGGACCCGCCGCUUCUCCACCCUCCUCCCCUCUCCCCGCUCCGUCAUUACCAAGGCAGGAAGAUGUGCUCGUUGGAGGCGACGCGGGCGGAGCUGGGGCUGGCGGUGCUGUACCUGAACAAGGCGGAGGCUCGGGACAAGAUCUGCAGGGCCAUCCAGUACGGCUCCAAGUUCAUCAGCAACGGCCAGCCCGGCACCGCGCAGAACGUCGACAAGUCCACCACCUUGGCUCGCAAGGUCUUCAGGCUCCUCAAGUGGGUGAACGACCUGCAUGCUCUCAUCAGCCCAGCCCCCAAAGGGACCCCUCUCGUGUUGGUCUUGCUUGGGAAGUCCAAGAAUGCGCUGCUGUCGACCUUCCUGUUCCUGGACCAGUUCGUGUGGAUAGGAAGAUCGGGGAUUUACCAGAACAAGGAGCGCACGGACCGCAUCGCCAGGAUAUCCCUCUACUGCUGGAUGACUUCCUCUGUCUUUGCAAGUCUAGUCGAGCUUGGAGAGCUCAAGAGGCUAUCCAAGGCGAUGAGGAAGCGCGCCAAGGAGCUCCGGGGUGCCGACAAAUACGAGGACGAGCAGUACCUGGGGAAGAUGAAGCAGUCGGACGACCGGCUGCUGGCGCUGGUGAAGGCGGGCAUGGACGUGGUGGUGGCCGUGGGGCUGCUGCAGCUGGCGCCCAAGAAGGUCACCCCCAGGGUCACCGGGGCCUUCGGCUUCGUCACCUCCCUCAUCUCCUGCUACCAGCAACUCCCGUCCCGCGCUCCCCUGGCCAAACUCAAGGCGUGAGUAACGGACGCUACACCAUGCAUGCUAGUCCAGACGCUGCCUCCGCUUAACUCAAGCCGAUGCUGUGCUCGAUCAUGGAAUCUGAGAUGUUUUAUUCCUGUGUACGUAGCACUAUAUAUAGAAUGAUGAUGUCGAUCGUCUGUACGUACGGUUUUUAUACAUAUACAUGUACACGGUAUGCUAUGAACAGUACUAAUGGACAUGGUAUGUAUGGUCGAUCAUGUGUUAGUGCAUGGUGCUUAUAGUA